AUGUCUCUGCUCGCGCUGAGAGUCACUUCACUCGCAUGCGGAGGUGUUGUUUCUCAGCAGUGGGCUGUGUUUUACACACCGAGAUCCAUCUGUGCUGGAAAGGGAUCUACAGUGACUCUGGGCUGCACAUACACAUAUCCAACAUAUUCAAGAUAUCGAACUCGGUAUAAAGUUGAGAAAGCUUUCUGGACCAGAGAGUUGGGUCAAAGACAUAAAGAGCCUCCUGAUCUGUCUUCAGACCCAGAGUACAGAGACAGGGUUCAGUACCUCGGAGACACACUGAGUGACUGCCGUCUCAGACUGAGUGAUGUGAGAGAACAGGAUCAAGGCAGAUACUACUUCAGAUUUAUAACAAACAUAGAUGGUGGAAUUUUUCAAGGUCGACCUGGAGUUUUUCUUUCUGUCAGAGAGCUUCAGGUGGAGAUGAUUCCUGAUGAAGUGGUUGAGGGAAAGACAGUCACUCUCACAUGUAAAAACACCUGCAGCCCGACUGUCUCCUGGUACAAAAGUGGAAAUCUUUUCUCCUCCUCCUCUAACCCUCUCCGUCUGCGGUCAGUCAGUCAGAGGGAUUCAGGUGAUUACAGCUGUGCUGCACAGGGAGAAGAUUAUCGCUCCCCUGCUGUCACUCUUGAUGUCCAAUAUCCUCCAAAGAGAGUCUCCGUGUCCAUCAGUCCCUCUGGUGAGAUGGUGGAGGGCAGUUCAGUGACUCUGACCUGCAGCAGUGAUGCAAACCCACCUGUGGAGACCUACAGCUGGUAUAAGGGAGGAUCGUAUAGAGGAAGAGGAGAAACCUACACCAUCGACAGGAUCAGCUCUGAGGACAGUGGAGAGUACAAGUGCUCGGCUACAAAUAAACAUGGAACUCAGUCCUCUCCUGCUGUGUCUCUGAAUGUCCUGUAUCCUCCAAAAAGUGUCUCCGUGUCCAUCAGUCCCUCUGGUGAGAUGGUGGAGGGCAGUUCAGUGACUCUGACCUGCAGCAGUGAUGCAAACUCACCUGUGGAGACCUACAGCUGGUAUAAGGGAAGAUCGUAUAGAGGAAGAGGAGAAACCUACACCAUCGACAGGAUCAGCUCUGAGGACAGUGGAGAGUACAAGUGCUCGGCUACAAAUAAACAUGGAACUUGGUAUUCUCCUGCUGUGUCUCUGAAUGUCCUGUAUCCUCCUAAGAACGUCUCCGUGUCCAUCAGUCCCUCUGGUGAGAUGGUGGAGGGCAGUUCAGUGACUCUGACCUGCAGCAGUGAUGCGAACCCACCUGUGGAGACCUACAGCUGGUAUAAGGUGAAUGAAAGCUCACCUGUAGGAUCUGGACAGAGUUACAGCUUCACGUUGAGCUUCAGCAGCAGUGGAUGGUUUUACUGUGUGGCUCAGAAUAAAUACGGGAAUCAGAGAGCAGCUGCAGUGCCUCUCACUGUAAAUGGGAGCAGAAGUGUCGUUCUGUAUGUAGUUCUUGGAGUCACGGUUGGAUUUGGAUGUUUAUGUGCCAUUAUUGGUGUUUUAUUCAUGUGGAGAAAGAGAAGACGAGGUUCAGCUGAUGAUGCCACGUCCAGUCAGAACGUUCACUCCAGUCUGACUGAUGACACGUACAGAGCUCUCAAUCCUCAGACCAGGUCCUACAAUGACACGUACGACACACUUGCAACGGUUCACCCGAGUCCUCCUGAUGACACGCCCGCAGCUCGGGAUUCUCAGUCCGUCUCUCCUGAUUACAACAAUCUACCAAUCUUCAUGAGGCCUGACUUCAUACUGAGCGAACCGGCCACCUUCAGUGCCGUGUUGCCGUGGUCACACUUCAGCGUCGCCGGGGGGAAGAGCGGCCGGGAUGCCGCGUCGUCACGGUUACUGCAGGAGAAAUUGAGUCACUACCUGGACGUGGUGGAGGUGAGCAUCGCGAUACAGAUCUCUCUGCGCUCCGAGGCGUUCUUCCACGCCAUGUCGUCUCAGCGCGAGCUCCAGGAGCAGCUGUGCGAGGCGGCGGGCGCCGUAAGGGCGCUGCGGGAACACACGGCCGGCUUGGGACGCACCAUGAGCCGCGGGCCUCUGCAGGCGCUGCGGCACACGGUCACGCGCAGGAACUGCGUCACGCUGCACAGUAAACUGAAGCUGAUGGCGGCGGUGCAGCAGACGCAGCCCACCGUGCAGCUGCUGCUCUCCACCUCGGAGUUCGUGGGCGCGCUGGAGCUCAUCAACACCACCAAGGAGGUGCUGCAGCAAGAGCUCCAGGCCUCAGAGCUUCAGGUGGAGAUGAGUCCUGAUGAAGUGGUUGAGGGCGAGACAGUCACUCUCACAUGUAAAAUCACCUGCAGCCCGACUGUCUCCUGGUACAGAAGUGGAAAUCUUUUAUCCUCCUCCUCUAACCCUCUCCGUCUGCAGUCAGUCAGUCAGAGGGAUUCAGGUGAUUACAGCUGUGCUGCACAGGGAGAAGAUUAUCGCUCCCCUGCUGUCACUCUUGAUGUCCAAUAUCCUCCAAAGAGAGUCUCAGUGUCCAUCAGUCCCUCUGGUGAGAUGGUGGAGGGCAGUUCAGUGACUCUGACCUGCAGCAGUGAUGCGAACCCACCUGUGGAGACCUACCGGUACAUCUGGUAUAAGGGAAUAUUGGAUAGAAGAAGAGGAGAAACCUACACCAUCGACAGGAUCAGCUCUGAGGACAGUGGAGAGUACGAUUGCUCAGCUACAAAUAAACAUGGGGCUCGCUUCUCUCCUGCUGUGUCUCUGAAUGUCCUUUAUCCUCCAAAAAAUGUCUCCGUGUCCAUUAGUCCCUCUGGUGAGAUGGUGGAGGGCAGUUCAGUGACUCUGACCUGCAGUGGUGAUGCGAACCCACCUGUGGAGACCUACAGCUGGUAUAAGGUGAAUGAAAGCUCACCUGUAGGAUCUGGACAAAGUUACAACUUCACGUUGAGCUUCAGCAGCAGUGGAUGGUUUUACUGUGUGGCUCAGAAUAAAUACGGGAAUCAGAGAGCAGCUGCAGUGCCUCUCACUGCAAAUGGGAGCAGAAGUGUCGUUCUGUAUGUAGUUCUUGGAGUCACGGUUGGAUUUGGAUGUUUAUGUGCCAUCAUUGGUGUUUUAUUCAUGUGGAGAAAGAGAAGACGAGGUUCAGCUGAUGAUGCCACGUCCAGUCAGAAAGUUCACUCCAGUCCGACUGAAGACAUGUACACAGCUCUCGAUCCUCAGACCAGGUCCUACAAUGACACGUACGACACACUUGUAACUUACUGCAAGUGUGUCGUACGUGUCAUUGUAGGACCUGGUCUGAGGAUCGAGAGCUGUGUACGUGUCCUCAGUCCUCAGAAUGUUCACUCCAAUCUGAUUGAUGACACGUACACAGCGCUUGAUCCUCAGACCAGGUCCUCCAAUGACACGUACGACACACUUGCAGCAGAAGGAAAGUCUAUGGCAGAUGUGCAGGCUUUGCUGACCCAACAGUCUGUCUCUCCUACAGAAGCCAUCCUUCGUGCUGUUGGUGAUCUGUUUGAUAAAUCUGCCAAGCCAUCAGCGGAAGGUGGAGGAUACUGCUGCCUGCGGAUCUUUUCAGGUACUGUACCUACACCAGCAGGAGAGGAAUAA